CUGAAUGGUCCCUAAUACAUGUAGUGAACACUGUCAGUCAUGUUUGCAUGACUUACCGGUACGGACAAAUUUUGCAAUCAAGCUGUUAGGUGGUGACAAACCUUGAAGUUGAAGCAUGUUAUGCAACUUUUUACAUUUAUAUAUAUCAUAGGACCAUCAAACUGGCAGGAUCUUAAUACUCAACUCCUCUUGAUAUUAUUGUGUUGUAUGUAGUUUCAAACCUUUGAAGACCUUGGACAAGUUAGAUGCACACAAAAUGAUGGAGCUGGCCAUAUUCCCCAACUAAUAAAGAAUAAUACUGCACUUCUACGCAUGACAAAACUCCACACCUUCUCAUAUAAGGAGGAAUAUCAGAUAGACUUGCAACAGAGAAAGAGGGAGGAGGAGACAAAAUGAAACCGCCCAUCUACUCAUCUUCCUCUUUGUUAAUUAGAAAAAGUGUUAAUGGAAGCUUUAGUAAAAGUAGAGGUCUUUCACCAUAUCUAUCUUUUGGGUUAUUAGGAUUUAUUUUCUUUGCUGUUGUCUUCAUUUACGGUCAAGGUUUUCGUUCCAUCUUUACAAUACAGCAUCAGCAUGAUGCUACUGUUACAUCCAAUUUCCAACAUAUUCAUGAUCAGCUUCAGCCUCAACCUGAAGAAUAUCAUCAACAACAAUCAGAAAUCCCUCCACCACCAUCUAUGAUUCAAACAGAGAAGGAAGAAGAUGACACGAACAGACUCGAAGUGCCGCCGACUGAAACCAAGGUGCCGUUGACCAGUACGGAGAUUAAGGAUGGUGAUGGUAAUAAUGAUCAUGUAGGAGGAGAAGGAGAUGUAGGUGAGUGCGAUAUAUUUAGUGGAAGAUGGGUGUGGGAUGAAUCGAAUCCACCGCUUUAUGAAGAAUCGGAAUGUCCAUACAUACAGCCACAACUAACUUGUCAAGAACAUGGCAGGCCUGAGAAAAAUUACCAGUUUUGGAGAUGGAAACCCCAUGGUUGUUCCCUUCCAAGUUUCAAUGCAAGUCUAAUGUUAGAGAAGCUUAGAGGAAAGAAGAUGAUGUUUGUCGGGGACUCUCUGAAUCGGGGUCAGUACGUUUCUUUCGUAUGUCUCAUUCAUAGAUUGAUCCCUAACCAUGCCAAAUCCAUGACAACCGUCGACUCCCUCACCGUCUUUAAAAUCGAGGAACACAAUGCAACAAUUGAAUUCUACUGGGCUCCUUUUCUUCUUGAAUCGAACUCGGAUAAUGCUAUCAUCCACAGGGUGACAGAUAGAAUUGUCCGUAAAGGAUCGAUCAAUAAACAUGGUAAAUAUUGGAAAGGGUCGGAUAUUUUGGUGUUCAAUACAUACCUGUGGUGGAUAGCAGGCUCAAAGUUUAAAAUACUUACGCAUGGGUCUUUCAAUGACGAGAAGAAAGUUGUAGUUGAGAUGGAAACAGAAGAUGUGUAUCGAAUGGCGAUGAAGAGUAUGUUGAAAUGGGUUGAGAAGAAUACCGAUCGUAAGAAAACAAAGAUCUUCUUUACAAGCAUGUCACCUACUCAUGGAAGGAGUAUUGAUUGGGGAGGUGAUAAAGAUGGCAGCUGUUACAACCAAACGACCCCAAUUGAAGAUCCGUCAUACUGGGGAAAUGGAUCGCGUAAGAGCAUAAUGAGACUAAUCGGAGAUGUAUUUAGUAAAACUAAGGUACCCAUUACACUUCUAAACAUCACACAAUUGUCAGAGUACCGAAAAGAUGCACAUACAUCAAUUUACAAGAAGCAGUGGAGUCCAUUAACACCGGAACAAUUAGCAAACCCUGUAAGUUACGCCGAUUGUACACAUUGGUGCUUGCCUGGAUUACAAGAUACCUGGAAUGAGCUUUUGUACUCAAAGCUUGUCCAUGCUUAGUUAGACUAGUCAUGGCUAUAUGUACCUACAUCACGAGUCAACACAUUUUUUAUUUUAUUUUUGCACUUUUGAUAGGAUGAAAUUCCAGAGUUUGCUACCAUUCCAGGCUAAUUGUCAAAGCAUUGUAUCAAAAAAGAGAAUUCAUACACAUUUGACAUUAUAAGAACUGGUUAGGAUUUGUGUAGAAGGGGUUCACUAAAAGAAAAGAAAAAAACUAACAUAUCAAACAUUAGCAAGUGAUCCAAUAUAAGCAA